CGUAUAUGUUAUUUUUUUACUUUUUUACCAGUUUUUAUAAUAUGUAAUUGCUCGAUAGUGAUAAUAGACCUGUAGGUUAGAAUCUGCAACUAGACGUUACAAAGAGAAAAUUACAAUAAUUCCUAAUACUUAGGUCUGUUCAAUAUUUAUUGUACAUAUUAUUACACUUUAGGUCAUUAAAUAAUAAGCAUACAGUAUGGAUUUUGUCAAGAGAGAAGAUAAUGCCAUUGACCCAGAGGGCUACAAAUCUUAUCUGGAUAGUCUGCAGCACACGCCCAUCUCCAUGGAGCAGCUUCACCAGGCGGUGCAGUCCUCCCUCACCGGCGGCUCCGUCGUGCACAACUUCCAGCUGCCCAUCUCCCCGCGGCGGAUGUCCACUCUGAUGAUGAAGACUUGCCACCUGAGCAGAACUUUAAAUUUUAACGAGCCGCCCUCUCUUCUACACAAGAAUUCGACGAUGGACACGGAGCCGGUCGGCGGCGCGGGGGCGGGGGGCGAGCGGGGGGGCGUGCUCGCGCCGGACGCCGCGACGAGCCUGGCGCUGCAUGAGCAGGAGCUGGCGCGCAGCCUGACCGCCGACCUGAGCCGCAUCAGCGAGCUAUCGCAGAACCUGCGCGAGCUGCGCGGCGAGCUGGGCGAUGAAUUGGGUGCAGCACCCGCCGCCGACGCUCUGGAGCUGGCGCUGCGGCUGGAGGCGCCGGAUCCGCGCGCCGCCGACCACGACCUGUUCCCGCUGCCCUUCCACAUCAAGUCGGAGCAGAAGGACGACGGGUACUUCUACGACGGGCUCCCCCCGGGCAUCCAUCCCGCCCUCCAUCCCGCCCUCGACGGUGACAUAUCGUUGCCGGCGGAGCAGGGAGCGACCGUGGCGGACGCGGCGGGCGGCGCCGGCGCGUGGGGCGGCGGCGCGCUCGGCCCCCUCGACCUGUACGCACGCCCAUACCUGCCCCCCUACCCCGCCCCGCCCCGGGACGACCCGCAAAAUCUAGUCAUUCACGAGCAGUUCGAGCACUCUAGCCCUCUCGUCGGGGAGCUGAAAAAAGACGACGGCGGCCCCAGGCGAUACUCGAGGGCCGAGCCGAAGGAAAAUUUGAGACCCGUCGACAACGUGUACGGCUACCCCGGCGCCUACGGCCCUGCUGAGAAGAACGACUCGAGCUCGGCCAACACGCCGGGGGCGGGUCCGGUCGUGGCCAUCAGGGGCGAGUACGCGUGCUUCAGGUGCACCUCGACCUUCCCGUCGAAGCGUGCGCUCAGGCAGCACGCCAAGUCGUGCGACGGCGGCGGUGGCGACGCCGACCGCCCAGGCCGGUUCUCGUGCGCGCAGUGCUCGUACCGCUGCCAGUCGCCCGCCAUACUCAGGAUUCACGAGCGCACGCACACGGGGGAGAAGCCCUACGCCUGCACCUUCUGCGACUACAAGUCGGGGCAGAAGAACAACGUGGCCAAGCACAUCCUCGUGCACAUGAAGCAGAAGCCGUUCCGCUGCCAGUACUGCGACUACCGCUGCGCGCAGAAAAACAAUCUCGUGGUGCACGAGCGCACGCACACCGGCUACAAGCCCUUCGCCUGCCCCUCCUGCGACUACCGCACCGUGCAGAAGCCCAACUUGGUCAAGCACAUGUACCUGCACACUGACCAGAAGCCGUUCGCGUGCGACGUGUGCAGCUACCGCUGCGUGCAGAAGACCAACCUCACCAAGCACAAGCAGCGCCACGCGUUCGACAGGCCCGGCGAGCGCGACGACCCCCACCCCGCCGACGGCGAAGCCAGACCGUACAAGCCGAGGCAGAAGACCGUCAAGUGUCCGCACUGCCCCUACCGGUGCUUCCAGAAAGCCAGUCUGGCGAAGCACUUGCAGUUCGAGCAUCUAGAGGCGCUGGGGGGUUGCUCCGACUUGGAGCGAGACUUGAUUUUAUUGAACGGUGACGUCAGUGAAACCGUGCACAAUCUCAGUGUUAAGAAGGAUAAUAAUAUUAUAGAGUUCCACGAAAAAACUUUAGAACGAUCUGAAAUACAGUCGUAGUAGUGAGCGUCUGUUAAUAGUUCAUAGUCGGAUGUGUUCCUCGCUCUCAUCGGUCAUCACAAUAUUAUGUCGACUUGUAUCACAAAAGGAGUAGUUGGUUCCGCAUAUUAUGUUAUGUCAUUGUAGCACUACAUUUAACAUUACAUUUCCUGUACCUGAACUCCGAGUAUUCACAGUUUGUGUGUGUAUACAAUCUGCCACAGCUACAGCUAAAGUUUGAAUGGCGAAUAGGGGAAUAAAAGUUCAUAUAAAAUAUCAAAAUUUGUAUGAAAAUAUGUGCCUCGUUAUUAUGAUUGUAGUUUUGCAGAUGAUAAUCAAUUUUAUUUAUAAUAGAAAUCUACAAAAAGGAAAGUGCUUAUGAUUUUGUACAAUGUUAUUCUGGUCCUGUUAUUAUUAUUUAUCAUUGUAACCCGUCUUGUCUGUGUCUUCUACUUUCUUUCUGUAAUAUUCUAGCUUCUAGACUCUAGAGUAUGGUAUGCAUUUUGACAAACCUCAAAAUUUCAUAAAGUCGUCCACCCUCAAAGUGCGACCAUUCCUCAGAUAAUAUAAUAA